AAUGGACUUAGGACUGAGAAAAUUGCAUACAAAGAGCACUGUCAGAAGGGUUAAGAUAAGCACUAAAGAAGCAAUAUAUAAAGAUAUCAAGGUCAUAACUUCUAAAAUGCCAACUAGUAUGACUAAAAUGAAAACUCUGACAUCAAGUCUCAAGAAGAAAAACUCUUUCGGAACAAUUAGAAGCACCAUAUCAGAUAGAAACCAUCUUAAUAGCAUAAGAGCAACAGGAAAGUCAAAAGGUCGUUCGAAAUAAAUUACAGCCAAAUUAUGAUGGCAUUGACAGAAUCCAUCCGAACCUGAGUUUGAAAACUCUGAGAUUAUUUGAAGAGAGAAGAAGGAUCCAAGACUUUGCAAAAGAGCUAGAUAUUGAUCUUGAUGGUGCCCCUAUGAAAACUGCAGGGUUCUUAGUCGACAAAAUAGCUACUGAAAUUUAACAAAAUUCAACGAACUCCUAUCCGAUCUGAGCAACGGAUCACAUUUGCUGGUGAAGCUGAAACUUUGAGAAGUAGUAAUACAUCUCGAAGAUCGAGGGGAAAAUACGAUUCUAAUCAGAAACAAUCGAUUUCUCAUACAAGGCGGAAGUCAACAAUUUAUCAGCCCAAGAAUAAACUCAGGCACAAUAAUGCCAUGUCAAAAGCAAAAUCUGGAGAGUUAGAAGUCAUCUUGAAAAAAUUUAAGAAAGAUGUCAGAAGAAUGUCCACCAGGGCUAAAAAUGUUAAAACUUUUAAAAGAAGGGAUUCUCAGGUUAUAAUCCCUAACCAGUCAAAUAGUCCUUUUCUUAAGAAUAGGGAGUUUUUCAAUAGUCAAAAGGACUGCUCUCCAAGAAGACAGAUAAAUUUUGAUAAGAAAAUAAAUAAUUUCAUAAAUGCUACCCGCAAAGUGAAUUAUGAAGACACUGAGAAGAACAGCCAGGAAUCUACAGAUAAGUUUACAGACGGCAUGUUCAAUAAUUUUGUCAUGAAAUCAGUUAGUAAUCAUCUCCAUCGUAUGUCAGAAGGAUCAGAAGAGGUUAAGAAGGUCAUCGAGAAGUCUAAAAGAAUGUAUCUUCCUAAUUUGAGCAAAAGACUCAAUAAGCUAUUUGCCAAGUACUAGAGGCUCUGAAUAUUGCAAGAAAUCCUUAAGGUUUUUCUAAAUACAUUACUGAGAGUCCCAUAUUGUUGGAAAC